AUGGGGUUUGAAGGGGUGGAGUUCAUUUUUGAGGCGACUCAAAAAUCGAGGAGAAUGGGGUUUGAAGGGGUGGAGUUCAUUUUUGAGUCGACUAAAAAAUCGAGGAGAAUGGGGUUUGAAGGGGUGGAGUUCAUUUUUGAGGCGACUCAAAAAUCGAGGAGAAUGGGGUUUGAAGGGGUGGAGUUCAUUUUUGAGGCGACUCAAAAAUCGAGGAGAAUGGGGUUUGAAGGGGUGGAGUUCAUUUUUGAGGCGACUCAAAAAUCGAGGAGAAUGGGGUUCGAAGGGGUGGAGUUCAUUUUUGAGGCGACUCAAAAAUCGAGGAGAAUGGGGUUUGAAGGGGUGGAGUUCAUUUUUGAGGCGACUCAAAAAUCGAGGAGCAUGGGGUUCGAAGGGGUGGAGUUCAUUUUUGAGUCGACUAAAAAAUCGAGGAGAAUGGGGUUUGAAGGGGUGGAGUUCAUUUUUGAGGCGACUCAAAAAUCGAGGAGAAUGGGGUUUGAAGGGGUGGAGUUCAUUUUUGAGUCGACUAAAAAAUCGAGGAGAAUGGGGUUUGAAGGGGUGGAGUUCAUUUUUGAGGCGACUCAAAAAUCGAGGAGGAUGGGGUUUGAAGGGGUGGAGUUCAUUUUUGAGGCGACUCAAAAAUCGAGGAGAAUGGGGUUUGAAGGGGUGGAGUUCAUUUUUGAGGCGACUCAAAAAUCGAGGAGAAUGGGGUUCGAAGGGGUGGAGUUCAUUUUUGAGUCGACUAAAAAAUCGAGGAGAAUGGGGUUUGAAGGGGUGGAGUUCAUUUUUGAGGCGACUCAAAAAUCGAGGAGAAUGGGGUUUGAAGGGGUGGAGUUCAUUUUUGAGUCGACUAAAAAAUCGAGGAGAAUGGGGUUUGAAGGAGUGGAGUUCAUUUUUGAGGCGACUCAAAAAUCGAGGAGAAUGGGGUUUGAAGGGGCGACUCAAAAAUCGAGGAGAAUGGGGUUUGAAGGGGUGGAGUUCAUUUUUGAGUCGACUCAAAAAUCGAGGAGAAUGGGGUUUGAAGGGGUGGAGUUCAUUUUUGAGGCGACUCAAAAAUCGAGGAGAAUGGGGUUUGAAGGGGUGGAGUUCAUUUUUGAGGCGACUCAAAAAUCGAGGAGAAUGGGGUUCGAAGGGGUGGAGUUCAUUUUUGAGUCGACUAAAAAAUCGAGGAGAAUGGGGUUUGAAGGGGUGGAGUUCAUUUUUGAGGCGACUCAAAAAUCGAGGAGAAUGGGGUUUGAAGGGGUGGAGUUCAUUUUUGAGUCGACUAAAAAAUCGAGGAGAAUGGGGUUUGAAGGGGUGGAGUUCAUUUUUGAGGCGACUCAAAAAUCGAGGAGAAUGGGGUUUGAAGGGGUGGAGUUCAUUUUUGAGGCGACUCAAAAAUCGAGGAGAAUGGGGUUUGAAGGGGUGGAGUUCAUUUUUGAGGCGACUCAAAAAUCGAGGAGAAUGGGGUUCGAAGGGGUGGAGUUCAUUUUUGAGUCGACUAAAAAAUCGAGGAGAAUGGGGUUUGAAGGGGUGGAGUUCAUUUUUGAGGCGACUCAAAAAUCGAGGAGAAUGGGGUUUGAAGGGGCGACUCAAAAAUCGAGGAGAAUGGGGUUUGAAGGGGUGGAGUUCAUUUUUGAGUCGACUCAAAAAUCGAGGAGAAUGGGGUUUGAAGGGGUGGAGUUCAUUUUUGAGGCGACUCAAAAAUCGAGGAGAAUGGGGUUUGAAGGGGUGGAGUUCAUUUUUGAGGCGACUCAAAAAUCGAGGAGAAUGGGGUUCGAAGGGGUGGAGUUCAUUUUUGAGUCGACUAAAAAAUCGAGGAGAAUGGGGUUUGAAGGGGUGGAGUUCAUUUUUGAGGCGACUCAAAAAUCGAGGAGAAUGGGGUUUGAAGGGGUGGAGUUCAUUUUUGAGUCGACUAAAAAAUCGAGGAGAAUGGGGUUUGAAGGGGUGGAGUUCAUUUUUGAGGCGACUCAAAAAUCGAGGAGAAUGGGGUUUGAAGGGGUGGAGUUCAUUUUUGAGGCGACUCAAAAAUCGAGGAGAAUGGGGUUUGAAGGGGUGGAGUUCAUUUUUGAGGCGACUCAAAAAUCGAGGAGAAUGGGGUUCGAAGGGGUGGAGUUCAUUUUUGAGUCGACUAAAAAAUCGAGGAGAAUGGGGUUUGAAGGGGUGGAGUUCAUUUUUGAGGCGACUCAAAAAUCGAGGAGAAUGGGGUUUGAAGGGGUGGAGUUCAUUUUUUAG